UGUAUACAGAGUCAUGAAAGCAAUUAACAUUUCAUUCAGAGAUUCAAAAGCAGUACACCAAAGCAUAUCUUUGUGUCUUCAUCCUUUUAAUUAAUAAAUUUCUUACACCAUGGCAGCCAUGAAGAGAAGCAGAGAAGACGAUAGUGAAGUAGAAGCACAAGCCAUGGCUAACUGCUCAAUGCUGUUGUCUCGUUUAAACAAUAACACUUCAUCGUUUGAAUGCAAGACAUGCAACAAACGAUUCUCAUCUUUUCAAGCACUAGGCGGCCACAGGACGAGUCAUAAAUCGCUGAGAUCAUCAUCCAUAGACGCCAGAAGCAAAUCCAAAAAACCAAAGAAUAAUAUGCACCAGUGUUCUAUUUGUGGGAUGGAGUUCUUUAUGGGGCAGGCUUUAGGUGGACAUAUGAGGCGUCACCGUGCCCCAGUCAAUGUACCAGUUUUGAACAAGUCGAAUAGUAGCAAGAGAAUAUUAUGUCUGGAUCUUAAUUUAACCCCUGAUGAUCAGAACGAUGAUUUUAUGUUAUGGCCGACGGCACCUGCUCCUGUUUUGCGCUGCUUUAUCUAAUACCCUCGAUCACACUACCAUUACUUUUAAGUUAUAUAUGGACUAGCUAGAACUUGUUUUUCUUUUUUGUUUAAUUACUUUUUUAUUCUUUUCGACAACUGCCUUCCGUUUUGGUUUUGUAUAUAUCGACAUUCUAUAGCUAUCAUAGGAGUACUUUUUUUC